AUGGCUUGGCACCUUAGUAUCCUUGUCAUGGUCACUACCUGUUUGAUUUUAUUCUCAAUAGGCGAGCAAUCUUCACAGAGCGAGCUGCUGCAGCAGCUCAGGAAGCAGCUGGAGUACCCCAGGCAGCUGGAUGCUUGGGGCAGCCCAAGCAGCGAUCCCUGCUACACUAAACCCACUGCAGUGCUUGCGGUCACCUGUGAGGGAAAUGCCAUCAGAGAGCUUAAGAUCAUCGGUGACAGGAUCACCAAGCCACCAAAGUUCAGUGGCUUUUCUGUUCCUAAUGUCACCCUCUCAGAAGCCUUUGUUCUUGAUUCGUUUGCUACUACACUGACAAGGCUAACUACCCUAAGAGUUGUCAUCCUGGUGUCUUUGGGCCUAUGGGGCCCCCUCCCAGAUAAGAUUCACCGUUUAUCUUCACUUGAAGUGCUUGAUUUGAGCUCCAAUUUUCUCUAUGGAUCGAUCCCUCCCAAGCUGUCAGUCAUGUCGAAGCUCCAUACUUUGACACUGGAUGGUAACUACUUCAAUGGAAGUGUGCCCGACUGGCUUGACUCAUUCUCGAACCUCACUGUUCUUCGGUUGCAGAGUAACCAGCUGAAGGGGUCCAUACCGGCAUCAAUUGGCAAAGCUGCCAUGCUUACAGAGCUCGCGCUUGCUGGCAAUAGCAUCUCGGGGGAUAUUCCAAAUUUAGGCAGCAUAAAUAAGCUUGAGAUGCUGGAUUUAAGGGACAACGAGUUGGAUGGAGAGCUUCCUGAGAUGCCUACAUCAGUGGUAACAAUCUUACUUAGCAAAAAUUCACUGAAGGGUGAAAUUCCUGAGCAGUUUGGUCAGUUGAACCGGCUUCAGCACCUUGAUGUCUCAUUCAACUUCCUUGUGGGGAGUCCUCCUGCAGAGCUGUUUGCUCUCCCUAACAUCAGUUAUCUGAAUUUGGCGGCAAAUAUGCUUAGUGGUUCACUCUUAAGUAGUUUAACAUGCAGCAGCACCCUGGGCUUUGUGGAUUUGUCCACUAACCGACUCACAGGUGAUCUGCCCAGCUGUCUGAAUGGUAAUUUGAAUAACAAGGUUGUUAAGUUUGAUGGGAAUUGCUUUAGUGUUGACCCUGCCCACCAGCAUGAAGCUAAAUAUUGCCAGCAAUCUCAUAAGGGGAAAGGAUCAAACAAGGAUGUUGGACUUGUAGUCACUGUUGUUGGCAUAUUGUUUGUUAUGCUUGUGCUUAGUCUGUUGUUAAUGGCUUCCAACAAAAGAAGCUGUAAGAAAGUUCUGGCAGAAAAACAGUUCCAGCAAAAGCAUACACAAGAUAAUUCGAUUUCAGGAAUGUCCUCUGAACUGCUGGUGAAUGCAAGGUGCAUAUCUCAAGCUGUCAAGUUAGGAACACAAAUGCAGCCAUCACAUCGCGUAUUUUCUUUAGAAGAACUCAAGGAAGCAACAAAGACCUUUGAACAGUCAGCAUUUUUAGGCGAGGGAGCAAUUGGAAAGCUGUACAAGGGCAAAGUAGAGAAUGGGACCCUGAUUGCCAUAAGAUGUUUGGCAUUGCACCAGCGACAUUCGAUUAGGAAUCUAAAGCUUCGUUUAGAUCUCCUUGCAAAGCUUCGCCAUCCAAAUCUGGUUUGCCUAUUGGGGCACUGCAUUGACAGCGCAGUUGAUGAAUCAACUGUAAAGAGGGUUUUCCUUGUAUAUGAAUAUGUGCCUGGUGGAACUCUUUCUUCUUAUCUUUCUGCCUCUAGCCCAGAGAAGACUCUGAAAUGGUGUGAUAGGCUGCAGGUGCUGAUUGCCAUUGCUAAGGCUGUUCAUUUCCUACAUACAGGAAUAAUUCCUGGUUCCUUAUCCAAUCGGCUAAAAUCUUCCAGUAUUUUGGUUGACGACCACCAUAUGGCAAAGUUGAGCGACUUUGGAUUAUCCAUAAUCACAGAGGAGAUAUACAAACAUGAGGUAAUAGGGCAAGAGAAAAAAUACUUGCAAAAUGAUACUACGGAAAUGGAAAAUUUGGAGGACGAUGUAUGCUCUUUCGGCUUUAUUCUACUGGAAGUACUUAUGGGCCCAAAAUUACAUGACAAAGGUGACCCUUUCAUUUUGAAAGAUCUGGUUGCGUCAAUGUCAACUUUGGAAGAGCGCGAUCAAGCUGUGGAUCCUGUCAUUAUUGUCACUUCUUCACAGGAUUCCUUAUCCAUUGUGGUUUCAAUUAUGAUAAAAUGCCUGUCCGUCGAAUGCUCGGCCCGACCUUCCAUCGAAGAAGUUCUGUGGAACCUGCAAUAUGCUGCCCAGGUCCAGACAGCGGCAGACGGCGACCAACGAUCAGAAGUUUCCUCACAAGCUAGUUAG